AUGUGGCGCGUUUCAACCACGUGCAGAAGGUCUGCGGUGUGUGCAUCACGGCAGUGGAAGAGCGGGAGGAGCUGCAGCAACGCAUACAGCGGCUCCNUGCGCGCCAUCAACGCGCGGCAGUCGGAGGCGCUGCUCGGCCUCCACAUCGUGCAGGCAGCGGAGGCCAUUCCCGAGGUGGAGUUUGCGGCGGCAGAGCGCGACACAAAAGCAGCGGAGCGGGUGCUGCAGUGGAUGCGUGCGCAUAUCCUAAAGCCGCACCUCGUUGUGGUGCUCUACGGCGCAAACAGCGGAGGGAGUGUUCCGGCGGCGGGUUCAAGUGGGGAGGUUGAGCGGCAGCGAGUCUUCAUUGAAGAGAAGUGGGUGAAAGCAAUGCACCGCCGUCGCGUUGUGCCGCGUGUGCUGUCGUUCGUUGACCUCACCAAGUUACUGCAGGAGGCCGUGCAGAGGGGUGAGGUGGACGGCAUUGGUGUGCUGCAGCGCCCCUCGGAUGGGGCGGAGACGAUAAGGCGGGAAAAGGAGGGGGAUGAGGGGAGAGAGGCAACUGCGAGUGGUGGGAAGAAGACAAAGGAAGCAGAUUCAACUGCUGCCGCUGCUUCUAGCACACCGCCGCCGCAAGACGAUAAGGCGGGGCCCAUUAAGUUUAUGCCCCUGGACGAUGAGGCGGCAUGGCACGCGCUGCUGCGCAAGGCGGUGCUCCGCAGACACGCUGACGGUGCGACCCUUCCGUUGCUGUUCGUGCACGGCGAGUGCGCGGGUGGUGUGGGGGAAAUGCGGUACUUGCUGCACAACAGAGAGGCCCUCGACGCGCUACUGCUGCACCCCAACGACGUGGCGUUCAAGAAGAAGUUCAUGAGUCGCUUCCGCGCCUCCCACUCGCGAUUGCGCAUGGCGGAGGAGAUGUCCGCGUGA